CUUUUCUUCCAUCCAACUCAAUACAAUAAACAAUACCAACCAAACUCAGUUCAAAAAUACCAGAUUUAACUUUAAACAAUUUAAAGCGUCGGUAAAAAAAUUAACCGGCGAAGUAAAAGUCGCCGGAAAAUGGAAGCUCAUGCGUCGGGAUUAGGCCGUGUGUUACUUCUCUGCUUUUGCGUCGCCGGAAUCUGGACUGCUUACAUUUCUCAAGGCGUUCUUCAGGAACAUUUAUCGACGAAGAGAUUUGGGCCAGACGAGAAGAGAUUUGAGCACUUAGCGUUUUUGAAUUUGGCACAAAAUGUUGUCUGUUUCAUUUGGUCUUUUAUCAUGAUUAGUCUUUGGUCGAGAGGAAGUAAGGGAGGAGCGCCAUGGUGGAGUUAUUGGAGUGCGGGUAUUACUAACACUAUUGGUCCAGCAAUGGGUAUUGAAGCUUUGAAGUAUAUUAGCUAUCCUGCUCAGGUCCUUGUGAAAUCGUCAAAGAUGAUUCCAGUGAUGGUUAUGGGCGCUCUGGUUUAUGGCAUCAAAUACUCGUAUUCGGAGUAUAUUUGCUCAUUUCUUGUGGCAGGAGGUGUGUCACUUUUUGCACUCUCUAAGACCAGUGCAAAGACCAUUAGUAAGCUGGCACAUCCUAAUGCACCUCUUGGAUAUGGGCUCUGUGUCCUGAACCUUGCUUUUGAUGGAUUUACAAAUGCCACACAGGAUUCUAUAACAGCAAGGUAUCCGAAAACAAGUGCCUGGGAUAUCAUGCUUGGAAUGAAUCUCUGGGGCACCAUAUACAAUGUGGUCUACAUGUUUGGUUGGCCCCAAGCCAGUGGUUAUGAAGCCAUUCGUUUCUGCAAGCAGCAUCCUGAAGCAGGAUGGGACAUCCUCUUUUACUGUUUAUGUGGUGCAGUUGGCCAAAAUUUCAUCUUCCUAACCAUCAGCCGAUUUGGUUCUCUUGCUAACACAACUAUUACUACCACCCGCAAGUUUGUUAGCAUUGUUGUCUCUUCUCUUUUGAGCGGCAAUCCUCUCUCCACAAGUCAAUGGAGCAGUGUUGUCAUGGUCUUCUCUGGGUUGUCCUACCAGAUUUACCUUAAAUGGCAGAAGCUACAAAGAUUGCAAAAGAAGCGGAAAACCACUUGAAAGAAGGUAUACACAGUUUUAUCUGGGUUAUCCUUCCAGAUUGACUACAAAUGGCUGACGCUGCAAAGAUUGCAAAAGAAGUGAAAAGCCACUCGAAAGAAGCUAUACAUAGUUAAGAUUCUUUAACAAGGUCCUUUUUUGUGCCUCCCUACAAGUAAUCUAAAAAUGUACCUUUGUUAUGCUAGUUUCGGUUUAGAUUUCAGGAGAUAAGAUCAGGGAGAAUAUAGAAGAAUGUAACUAGAAUACUAGUAGAUUUGAAGAACAAUCAAUGAAGUUUUGUCAUGAUUUAUGCAUAUGCGUGUAAAGUGCUGCAAUUUAAAGCUUAAUCCUUCUCCCUUCAAGAAGAAAAGCUUUAGACUACAGUACAUUAAAUCAUUCAGUUAAUCCUGAUCCUGUUGAACUUCCAAAACAAUGUUACCAUUAUAUUAUGGGGGCUCACUCGGUCA